CCUGUUCCAUAUCAUUUAACAAACCCUAAUGCUUUUAACAAUCGGCACAUAAAUAGAUAACAUACUGUGAGUGAUCAAGCGUCGCAAUCUCUGAAACCUUCCAAAAAGGCAGGCGGUCUGUCAUGGCAGUUUCUCGGAGUUUCCCGCAAAUAAAUAGAGUACCCAGCUCUCAUUAUGAAGUCCUCGCUAUUUGAACUUGGUCGACUGCCAACACCAAUUGAUACCACGCAAGCAAGUUAAUACACAUGUUAUAAAAAGAAUGGCAUCCACGGCAUCCACCCAAAAAUUCAAACGUCUAGUUUUGACUGCAGCUGUAACCACGAUCACCAUCGCGGGUACUCUCUACGGAGCAGGACUGAAGACCGAGCAAGAAGCCAAGCAGGCAGAGAAACAACGCAAGGAAACCCCCAUCGAUGACCACAUCGAAUCUCUCCGAACUCUGCGCAACGAACUAGUCACGAAAAGAAACACGGUCCAGAAACAGAUCCAAGACUUAGAGACCCGUGCUGAGGAGAAGAAAAGAAAGGGUCUCGGUGUGGCUCCCGGACAGAGGCCAGAUGAAGGAUGAUUGGGGCAACGGCAAGGAUAGCAUUGAGACUCUCUUACCAUCGACGAAUGCACUCCAUCGGUUCUUGUUCGGCGGAUUCUAGCU